CUAGAAUGGACCAAAAAGAAAGGGACAGCUACUAGAAAGAUACGAUUCCUGUUAUUUGCAUGCCGACCGUCGGAUGGGCUUCAUCCGACGGCGUAGGAUGCAGCAUUUGGACGUACUACUAGACCGGACGCCCGCUCUCUCAACGAGGUUUUUCCUUCUUCCAAGCCACGGCAAGCAAGAAGAGCGAGAGCGCAGCUAUGGAGUCGAGCGGCAGCGGCGAAGCUCAUCCAUCUGGUCAGAGCUUUUCUCGCUCUAUCUCUCUCCCUCUCUUCUUUCUUCGUUUCUACUUAAAGUUUAUAUUUUUGUUCGAGUGUAUCUUCACAGGUUCUUACGAGGGAGACAGUCCUCCGCCGAGUUACAUCCCCUCCAAUCGGCAGCGGCAGCGUCGGAAUCGCGAGCAGCUGCCCGGUUCGCAGGAAGCACUCCAAGCCGCGCAGGAGUACCAGCAACAGCUCCCAAGGAACAGUCGUAGCACUGUGAAAGUCUUAAAUCAGUGCUGUGUGAGUGGCACAUUCGUUAUGACUCUUCCUUCGAACUACUGCAAGAAGAUGAUGCCGCGGGGGAGAGCCCCGGUCCUCGUCCGCGACAAGAGUGGCCACCAGUGGGUGAUGAAAUGGAACUGGACGAUGCAGCCAGUGAUUGGUGCCGGAUGGAAAGCAUUCUGCGUCCAUCACGAACUCGUCAAGGGGGACGUGCUCGUCUUCCAAAAGGAGAACAUCUCCUCCAAGACGAUAACUUUCCACGUUGAGAUCUUCAAGCGCCGCAAGUUCGCCAAUGGCACAGUGAUCAUGAACAACGGGACCAACAUGGCGCUGCCCCUGCCAAAGAAAGAAGAAGAGCUGGAGAUCGAGAUCGAAGAACUCGAUGGAGGAGCCACCGGAGAAGACGUCCACGACCACGACGUCCUCAAGCGCAAUCCCGGCCGCCCCAAGAGGACGAGGAGGCCGCCGAGGAGAGAAUGGAUGGAGAACUCACCAUCGUGCGACCAGGACGACGAGGAGAGAGGGACGGGAGGCGCAGAGGAGCAGCGCGAGCCAGUGGUGGCGCUGGUGUUCAAGAAGACGAGGUCGGCAGCCGAGUCCGAGGAGCUCGGGGUGACCGUAAAGAUGCACGGGAGCAAGCUCGAGCGCAUGACUAAGAGCCUGCUAGGCUCGCCCGGAGUGAUCGUGCAGGGCAGCUUCGAUGGAUCGCUCAAGGCUAAAGCAUCCGAAGAAGAGCUGAGGAAGAUCCUCCGCCUGGCAUUUCCUCACUAUGAUGCCUUCUAGUGGAAAACUGAUAAGAACUGAUGUCUUGAGAUGUAUUUUAACUUAGAAAUGUAUUUUCCUUUUACACAACAA